CCUUCCGCCGUCCGUAUGUGCAGAGAGCAGUCUGAUAUCGCUGGGAGGAAAAUGUCGUGCGGGCUGUGGAAAGAGACCCUGGCUCUGGCAGAGGACUACCUGUCCCAGUGCUGCACAGCCCCCGGCCAGCCCCUCCACCCCAGCGAGUCAGCCGCUGCCAUGAGGCGCCUGGCCCAGGACAUGGAGACGCAGCACCAGGCCCGCUUCCACUCCCUUGCUCAGACCUUCCUGAGGCAGUGUGCGGACCCCUGCUCCAGCCUCAGGAAGGUGAUAGAGGAGCUUGUGGGAGACGGACAUUUGAACUGGGGAAGGGUUGUUUCCCUUUUCACCUUUACCGGGGUGCUGGCCAGACAGCUGCAGGAGCAGAAGGACGUGAAGCUGGGGCUGGACCCUGGGCAGGGGCAGGAAAUGGGACAGGAGCCCGGACACUGCAGGGGACUGGCAGAGACCAUAGCUGACUACCUGGGAGAGGAGAAGAAAGACUGGCCUGAGAAUGACGGAUGGGAGGGGUUCUGUAAGUUCUCCGCAGCCAGAGAGGUGAGUCAGGACUCAUCCAUGAAGACGGCACUGUUUGCCGCAGCUGGUGUGGGCCUUGCUGGACUCACCUUCCUCCUGGUGCGCUAGCUAAGCCCUCUGGCAUUGCAAAACAUUGUCCUCCAUGUUCUCAUUUCAUUUGGCACAAUUAUGUAGAUGAUUUACAUUCUAACAUCAAUGCUGCAAAAAUACAACAGGCUUAAUCUGUAGUGAAUUCAGGGUCAUAAUAAUCUCAUGUCAUCAACUGAAUGUUUGCACAUACUCAAACCCCAUGCACACAGAAAUACUGACAUUGUGUCACUUGCUCCUUUUUAGAUUGUAAAAUGAUCUCAAUGCCUUCAGAAUUUUUGGAGCAAGUGGUAUCAGUGUGCAUGUGUGAAGUACUUAAAGCACAGGUUUCUGCACAGUCAUCUUGAUUUCAAAGUUUUCAGCAGUGCAGCUAAAAGACUUUUCAAAUCCCCACAGCUUUUUUGUUUUUUAACUUGUCAGCUGCCUUUUUAUUCAUGGUGUUUACCUGAGGUUGUGUAAGUGGUAUAGAGCCAUUCUAGUGUACAAUUAUAAAUUAUAUAUUAUAUUUAUAUGAAAUGAACUGUAAGCAGCAGUGGCCCUUUUCAAACCUCCACAGCUAAUUCAGUUGUGUCAUUGUUUUUAAGUCUGUCCUUCAUUCAUGUGAUUCACUCAGUCUGAUGGAGCUGAACAGCAGAGGCCCGACAACCUCGCAACGGUGCUAUGAGGAUAUGUUGUGAAACUGUUUCUUCAUCGAUCUACCAAACCAGGGACCAAUCUGACGUCAAACAUCCUGCUAUUAGAACAAAACAUGCUCUUGCAUUCCCCCCACAGAUCUCUGAAACAUUAUAUUUUUACAUUGUUUUGUCUAUUUAUUUGUCACUGUUUUUUUAAUAAAAAGGAGUAAUCAUGGAGGAA